ACAUCUCCCUCCUUCAGGCCCACGUCUCUCCCACUCCUCCUCCGCGCGCGGGACUAGCGCGGGCUUCAGCGACGGGAGCCCUCGAGGGACAUGGCAACUACGGCGGCGCCGGCUGGCGGCGCCCGAAGCGGGGCCGGCCCGGAAUGGGGAGGGUUCGAAGAAAACAUCCAGGGUGGGGGCUCAGCUGUGAUUGACAUGGAGAACAUGGAUGAUACCUCAGGCUCCAGCUUUGAGGAUAUGGGUGAACUGCAUCAGCGCCUGCGUGAAGAAGAAGUAGAUGCUGAUGCAGCUGCUGCUGAAGAAGAGGAUGGGGAGUUCCUGGGCAUGAAGGGCUUUAAGGGACAGCUGAGCCGGCAAGUGGCAGAUCAGAUGUGGCAGGCAGGGAAGAGACAAGCCUCCAGGGCCUUCAGCUUGUAUGCCAACAUCGACAUCCUGAGACCCUAUUUCGAUGUGGAGCCAGCCCAGGUGCGAAGCAGGCUCCUGGAGUCCAUGAUCCCUGUCAAGAUGGUCAGCUUCCCCCAGAAAAUUGCAGGUGAACUCUAUGGACCUCUCAUGCUGGUCUUCACGCUGGUUGCCAUCCUCCUCCAUGGGAUGAAGACAUCUGACACCAUUAUCCGGGAGGGCACCCUGAUGGGCACAGCCAUUGGCACCUGCUUCGGCUACUGGCUGGGUGUCUCGUCCUUCAUUUACUUCCUCGCCUACCUGUGCAACGCCCAGAUCACCAUGCUCCAGAUGCUGGCACUGCUGGGCUACGGCCUCUUUGGGCACUGCAUUGUCCUGUUCAUCACCUAUAAUAUCCACCUCCAUGCCCUCUUCUACCUCUUCUGGUUGCUGGUGGGUGGGCUUUCAACCCUCCGCAUGGUGGCAGUGCUGGUGUCCAGGACUGUGGGCCCCACUCAGCGGCUGCUUCUCUGUGGCACCCUGGCUGCCCUGCACAUGCUCUUCCUGCUGUAUCUGCAUUUUGCCUACCACAAGGUGGUGGAGGGGAUCCUGGACACGUUGGAGGGCCCCAAUAUCCCGCCCAUGCAGAGGGUCCCCAGAGACAUCCCUGCUGCACUCCCUGCUGCUAGGCUCUCUGCUACUGUACUCAACGCCACAGCCAAGGCUGUCGCGGUGACCCUGCAAUCACACUGACCCACCUGAGCCCCUUGGCUGGCCCCCAUCCCCCCAUCUGCGGAGCAGAGGAAGAUUAAAGAACAGUACUGAUGACGUGUGUCUCUUUGAUGGGGUCUGCAGCUGCCUCAGAGCUGUAGCCACUUAAGCCAACUCCUUGACGCCUGUGGGCCUUCUGAAGGGCACAAGGCCAGGAAGGCCUGGCCGGGACUGCAGGGCUCUGCAGCCAGUGCAGAAAGUGGCUCAGCUCCUCUGAGGCCCUCUCUCCACCUACUCCUUCCUUCCUCUUUAUCUCUCCCCUUGUCUUGCUAAAUAUAGACUUGGUAAUUAAAAUACUGAUUGAAGUUUGGAA